AUGACGCUAAUACGGGAGCACGCUCCUCCGUCAUAUCAAGAGGUGUCCAACCACAGCCCGCGAGUCCAGCUGCCCAUUGGCGAGUUGCUGUCGCUGGCCCUUGACGGCCGAUCCAUCUACUCGGCUACCAACCCGGAGCUGGUCUACUAUGAGCUGAGCGCUGCUCCUCUGCAGGCGACGUCGCUCAUCUACGUUGUCAAAAAGGUCAAAUAUCGACUCGCCGGGGACUCUCGAGUUCGCAGGCUGAGGACUCGCCAAGACGACAUCUAUCUUUUCCGCGAUGCCUACGUCAACUUCUACGCGCCCCGGCGCAUCGUCAUCGACGGCAAAUCCAGCGAUGCCCGCUGCUACAAGGAGGUCAAGCUGUCGCCGGGCCUCAUGGGCUGGUCAACUUGCACGGCAGCCGGCCACUUCACGGCCAAGACGGGGCUUUCAGAUCGCUGGCGGCAUCACCACCAGGUGAUUUGGAAGGAUGACAGCGGCCGCAUUGUCGCCAUGGAGGACAAGGCCUCGCCUUCUGUGCCCGUCACUGCGGCGGCGACGGCGGCAAACAGCGAUCACGCCGCACCAGCCGCCGUGCCGUGCUUGAAGCUGCUGCGGAUGCUGGACGAAAAGGAUUUGGAUCUGCUGGUAACGUGUUGGACGGCUCGCGUUUGGAAGCAGGCGCAAAAGUCGCUGAGCGGUCCUCCAACGGGUCGGUCAAGAGUCAAGCGAUUUGCAGCACGAUACCUCCGUCUCCGCUACAUGACCGAUCUAGUCUCCUCCAAAUCAACCCCGACGCGACGCCUCGAGGCAUAA